AUGGCGCGAAUGCAUGUUGCGCCUUCCAUAUUACGUUAUGUACAUCCAGCUUUUCGACGCUUCCUCACCAGGAGGAAGAGUUGGCGAUUUCUUCGCAGGAAAAAUAUCAGCUUAGUGAAGAAGAUCCGUAAUCGUUCACUGCAUUAUAAUGUUCUACCUCGAGCAGCUCCUUUCCUUUGUUCAAAAUGUGGCUUUGCAACAUUUGCAUUGAAGAGAAUUGAGGAACAUGUGUGCAUAAAGAAAAACAGUUCAGUGAAUGAUCUUGAACGAGACAUAAAAGUUGCGCAAAUGGGUGUGCGCAGCAGAUGUAAAGAUGCAAUGGCGGUAUUGGAACGGAUACCAAAUCCGCAGUCGAUCCGACUCCCAAAGUUUCGCAUCCUCGAAACUGAGUCCUCGAAAGAGAUGUACGAAAUGAUUCCCUUGAGUUCAUCUCAUGACCUACUAACAAAGGUUAUGAGUACGACAGGAUGCUGUUCAAGUAAUGAUGAAACGCAGAAACGCUCGGGAGAUAAUUUAUCCAACAAGCAGUUCAUAAAAGCAAAUCUUCAAUGUGCUGAAUCCGAAAUGACCUUCCAUUGCAACUAUAUUUGCAAUGAAUAUUUGAAACGUGACAACUCUGCAACAGAUUCACCUAAAUGGACUUCUGCUCAGGCUUCUAUGGACUGUACCAUAUCGGUAGAGCACAAAACGAAUCAAAUAAGCAAAUGCUAUGUUGAACAAAUACUCAACUUACACUGCACAGCAUGCGAGAUAGAAUUUAAUAAAUUUGAAACGUUGGGAGAUUUUCAUGAGCAUAUCAUGAAAUGUGCAAAAUGUCGCAAAUAA